AUUUUUCUGAAAAAUUUGAAUUUGAGAUUUUGAGACAAUACAAUGUAAUAAUUUUUUUUUUCAAAAAUCUGAAAAAUCGUAAUUUUUAAAUGGUAUUUUCAAAAUGCCUUUAUUAAAUAAAUGUAUGGUAUUAUGUUAGAACAAAUUAUUAGAUUUUUAAUUAGCUGUAAAAUUGAUUAAAUAAACAAUGAUUAUAUGAUAGUUUGUGUAAAAAUGAACAAUAUUUUAAAAAUAUAUUUUUACAUUUUUUACAUUGUCUUAUUUUAUAGUUGUCAUUUUUCUUGUUUAGUUGUUAACGUAAAAGAUCAGGACGGCGGUGUUAUAAAAGAAAUUAUAAAUGCAAAUAUAACAGAUGAUACAAUUACAGUAGAAUUACAACUUCCUGACUCUACAUUAAUCACACAACAUAUUGAUUUUACAAAGGAAGUGCAAAUAGUACAAGUGUUGUUGCUCGGAGAAGAAGAACGUGGUCAAAAGCCAUAUCAAAUACUUUGUUUUGUGAAUCAUGUUCAAGCAAAUGAAUUUAUUUCACCAGAUGCAAUGUCAAAACUCAGACAAAAAAAUCCAGGUACAAUUCGAGUUGCAGAAGAUAAUAAAGGUUUAUUUAAUAUUACAAUAGAUAUGAAAAUUAAAUUAAAAGACAGCAUUUAUAUAUCACAACAUGUUGGAUCAUUAUGUUCUGAAGCACUAGAUACAACUUUCACUAGCAAAGUUGACAUUGAUAAAUGGGCUACUGUACCAGGCAUGUAUUUGGGAAAUUUGUUACAAGCUGUUGAAUAUAUUAACUAUAAAGCACCAAACUCUAAUUUAAAACUAUGUCGAGAUACAGGAAAAGUAUGGUCACACUGUUUAUGUACAAUGAAAGUUAGCAUUCCUUGGUACCCUUGUGCAUUAAAAUUUUGCAAAGAUCAUAUUGGUAAAAAAUCAACAGCAGUCGACAGUUAUCGGUGUGGUAUACAAACUUGUGGUAAAAUUAUGAACUUUAUGUACAGUGUUAAACACAAGCAACAUUGUUUGACAAUUGAGUAACACAACCAUUAUAUUAUUGUCAUGUAUUAAUAAGGUAAUUUAAACUUUUCUGCUGUAUAGUGUAUAUAAAUAAAUAAAUGAAUAAAUAAAUAAAUA